GGCUGCAGUGAGUCAUGUUCACACCACUGCACUCCAGCCUGCGUGACAGAGCGAGACCCUGUCUGAAAACAAAACACAUUUAUUAGUUCACGUUCUAAGGAUUAGAAGAGCUUUUCUUUCCCACUGUCUGAGUUAUAUCAGAAUAAACAUGUAUUUUAAUUUUAUUCAGUGGUUGGUGAUCUAUGACCAUCAUCUUGAUGCUCACAUUUUCUAGAUUUAGCUAGUGACUUCAGCAUCUAUGUGACUUGCCCUGCCAUUGGGACACUUUCUGCCACACAUAAGUAUUCCAGAUCUUGUAUCUUCUCUUGUAUGACCCUGGGAUCAGCUAUUUCUCCAAGUAGACCUGGUUCCUUUUAGUGGAGAAUGGGAUGCGGUGGCCAGGGCCUGGAUGGUACGGUGCUUCUUACUAUUGGGGUGUCGCUGCUCUUAAGCCCUCCCAGUGGACUAAGCUAGGAAAUACAUGUUUGCAUACCCAACACUUACUUCUAUAUAUGUGUUCACACAAUUUUAUCUCCAAUUCCAUUGCGACACGGACACCACAAGGGUCAUUCUAACCUCUGAUCUUGUUUGUACAUCCAUCCUCUGACGGUGCAAACCCUGAUUCUACCUUUUGAAAUCCUCCUGACUUAAUGGUUGAGGAAAGUGAGGCUCAGAGGGGCUGCUUCUGGGCAGCAGGAUGAGGCUCUGUCUCCAGCUGCCCGACCUCAGAGGGCUUUGAGAGGACAGAGCCAGCCUGCGGGGCACUCACCUUUGUGCACCUGCCCAGGUGAGGCGGGCUCAGUGCGCACGCGCCCAGGCGCAUUUAAAGCGCCCGCCGCGCCUCUCUUCCCCUAGCUGCAAGGGUCCGUGCUUGGCCUCGCCCGCAACACCCUCCUGGAGGAUGCUGGUGAGAGGCAGGGACCAGGGUCCCGGCUCCCGGCUCGGGUCUCUCUUUAGGUGCUGAGCCCCCAGGCCCUCUCCUUUGCAGAGUCCCGCUGCCUCCCUCGAUGCAGAGCCUUCAAGCGACCCAGUCCCCGACGGCUUCCCCUCGGGCCCCAGUGUCUCCCCAAGACGCCUGGAGAGGCCGCCAGGGCUGGAGGAGGCGCUGAGCGCGCUGGGGCUGCAGGGAGAACGCGAGUACGCCGGGGACAUCUUCGCCGAAGCCAUGGUGUGCCGCGUGCUGCCCCAGAGAGCCCUGCCCCGCGCUGUGACCCCGGAGAUGCGCGCCCUGGUGGUAGACUGGCUGGUCCAGGUGCACGAGUACCUGGGUCUGGCUAGUGACACACUUUACCUGGCGGUGCACCUGCUUGAUUCCUACCUGAGUGCUGGCCACGUGCGCCUACAUCGCCUGCAGCUGCUGGGUGUGGCCUGCCUGUUUGUGGCGUGCAAAAUGGAAGAGUGCGUGCUUCCCGAGCCCGCCUUCCUCUGCCUCCUGAGCGCCGACUCCUUCUCGCGGGCGGAGCUGCUGCGAGCCGAGCGCCGCAUCCUGAGCCGCCUGGAUUUCCGGCUACACCACCCGGGUCCGCUGCUGUGCCUCGGGCUGCUGGCCGCGCUGGCAGGGAGCAGCCCCCAGGUGAUGCUACUUGCCACCUACUUCCUGGAGCUGUCUUUACUGGAGGCCGAGGCUGCGGGAUGGGAGCCAGGUCGUCGCGCGGCUGCGGCUCUGAGCCUGGCGCACCGCUUGCUAGACGGCGCGGGCUCCAGGCUCCAGCCGGAACUUUACAGCCCCGAGGAACUGGGCCCCCUCGAGCCGUGCAUGGCCCGCGCUGCGCUCCGAGGUCCCGCGCCGGGCCGCGCCGCCGUCUUCCUCAAGUACGCUCGGCCCCAGCGCCAGGGCACCAGCCUCGCCGCCGCCUGCCUGCUUCGCUGCCUCCAGCCUGAGCCCCCCUGAGCGCUGAGACUCAGUCACAACAACAAAAAAAACCAAAACCCUCCCAGUGUGUGUCCGUCUCUCAUCUCAAUAAAAGAAUGUAUUUUAUUUUGA